CUCUCCUCAAAUGCAGAUCAAUUCCCACUUCAAAAACCAUAGCUAGGCAAAUACUAGAUGAGUGUAAAAUGGAGCAGCUGAUUUAGGAUUUCAUGGCCAAUAUUCACACGUUGGUGGCCAGUGUAAAUAAUCUAUGCCUCUAUAGUGAAACUGGGAACAAGUUAUACUGUUACAAUGCGGGCGAUAUUCUAACUUGGCGGCGCAAUUACGAUUUUGACUAUCACAGUGGCUGCGGCCGCUCGUGGAGACUGUGUGCUGCCACGGUUCAGGAAAGUUCUAGUAAGAGCAAUGCCGCGAAUCAGGUUCCCGUUAUUGAAAUUCCCGUCACUUGCUACCAGAUUAUCGGCAUGCAUGAUCAAGCCGAGAAAGAUGAAAUUGUUAAGUCAGUGAUGCAUCUAAAAAGUGCAGAGAUUGAAGAGGGCUACACCAAAGAUGCUGUUUUGUCUCGCCGGGAUGUUUUGAUGGAUGUAAGAGACAAACUUCUUUUUGAACCAGAAUAUGCUGGAAAUUUCAAAGAGAAGCAGCCACCUAAAUCUUCUCUCAACAUUCCUUGGACUUGGUUGCCUGGUGCUUUAUGCCUUCUUCAGGAGGUCGGCGAAGAGAAGCUUGUGCUAGAAAUUGGGCGAAGAGCUCUACAGCAUCCUGAAUCAAAGCCAUUUGUUCACGAUUUCCUUCUAUCUAUGGCUUUAGCAGAGUGUGCAAUUGCCAAAGUUGGAUUUGAGAAGAACAAUAUAUCUCAAGGAUUUGAAGCUCUUGCCCGUGCUCAGUGUCUUUUGAGGAGCAAGAUAUCUCUUGGGAAUAUGAUAUUGUUGUCUCAGAUAGAAGAAUCAUUGGAGGAACUUGCUCCUGCUUGCACAUUGGAUCUUUUGGGUAUGCCCCAUACACCUGAAAAUGCAGAGCGAAGAAUUGGAGCAAUUGCAGCUUUGCGUGAACUGUUGAGACAAGGCCUGGAUGUUGAAACAUCAUGCCAAGUUCAAGACUGGGCUUGUUUUCUGCAUCAAGCACUCAAAAAGCUAUUGGCUACAGAAAUAGUGGAACUUGUUCCAUGGGAUAGUUUAGCUAUCACCAGAAAGAACAGAAAGUCACUUGAGGCACAGAAUCAAAGGAUUGUCAUUUAUUUCAGUAACUUCUAUGUAGUUUUGUUAGCACAUAUUGCCCUUGGAGUUUCAAGCAAACAAACAGACGUGAUUAACAAAGCAAAAUCAAUUUGUGAAUGCUUAAUAGCAUCUGAAAGCAUUGAUUUGAAAUUUGAGGAGGCCUUUUGUGCUUUCCUACUUGGGCAGGGUGAUGAAGCUACAGCUGUUGAAAUGCUAAGACAGCUUGAGCUGAAUUCUUCUCCUAGUUCUAAGAAAGCACUGCAAGUGAAAGAAACUAAAGAAGUUUCAAGUGCUAACAAACCACUGGAAACAUGGUUGAAAGAUGCUGCUCUUGGCAUGUUUCCAGAUACCCGAGAUUGUAACCCAUCCUUGGCUGACUUUUUCUAUGGUGAUAAAAGAGCUUCUGGAAAAAGACAUUACCGAAGAUCUUCUCCAGCUUUAUCUGACAUAAGGUACAGAUCACUUUCUGUUGCUCUUCCAACAGAUCGCAGAGAUGAAGUGCCAGGUUCUUUCACAGAAACUUCACGACAUCUUGGGCCAGCUGUCAAGGAGCUUGCUCCUCAUAACCUGCAAAGUCCACUGAUAGAGGGCAAGGCCAAUGCUGGAAGCAGUGUAGGCACACCCUCUAUUCAAUUGAAGAGAACAUUAGGUUCCAAGCAGGGUGGGGUGUGGAAUAUGUGGCUGGAUUUCAGUCAUGUGAUUGGAAAGAUGGUAUAUGCUACUGCAAUAGGCUGUAUCUUGGUUGCCAUGUUCAAGCUAAUAAACUCGCAACAGUUGAGACUGGGAAAUGGUUCUAGAUGGAGGAUGUAUGAACAAAGAAUUUCCGCAAACUCUCCUACCCUGACGGAUUGUUCUACGGAUUUUAGUUUCAGGCGUACAAAGCAAAAUGGCAUCAUGAGACAAAUCCAGAAAGUCUUUUCUCUUGUCAAAAUGCAGUAUAGGGACAAUCCAGAAUCUGCUGACCUACAAACAGCUUCUGUCUCUUCUUCAAUAUCAACUUAUAGGUUUCCAAUGCCGGUUGAAGAUGCUGAGGCUAUUGUCAAACAGUGGCAAGCAAUUAAAGCUGAAGCACUUGGACCUAACCACAACAUACGCGGGCUUAGUGAAAUACUUGAUGGACCAAUGCUUGCGCAGUGGCAAGCUUUAGCUGAUACUGCGGAAGCCAAGUCGUGCCAUUGGAGAUUUGUUUUGCUGCACUUGACAAUUUUACAUGCAGAGAUUUCAAGAGAUGGGAUUGGUGGAGAGAUGGCGGACAUAGAAGUACAUUUGGAGGAGGCCGCUGAACUGGUGGAUGAGUCCCUCCCUAAAAACCCAUCUUACUACAGCCCUUAUAAGAUACGUUAUCUUCUGAAGAGGCAAGACGAUGGCUCAUGGAAGUUCUGUGAAAGCGAUAUUCUAACUCUGUCAUGAUCUUUGGUUGGAGGGGACUGCUGCCGUGUGUAAUUCUCAUCAGCCGAUGCUCUUCAUCCACGCCUGAAUUUGACGAAAAACUGAGGAGCAUCGUCCUCGGCAUGGGGCUCCCCUCCUUCCUAUAAGCUAGCCAGUUGUUAACUUAGUUAGGAUAUUCCAUUUAUUGUAUCUUACCUUGCUAUCAGUCUAAACCAGCAGCUAGUUAUUGUAGGGGCUUGAGGUUUAUAGCUGGACUUAAGAUAGUUGUAUCUUAUUCCACCAUCUAUUGAUUUGGUUAAUUGAGCCAUU